AUGGGCUCUUCUAUAGACGGCGGCGAGUCAAAAGUGGCUGGUUCCGGGUCGGCAACCGGUGCUGACCUGCAAUCCGGUGACAUCAAGCCGGCCUACGGCGGCACUACCACCGAGCGUCGCGCCGCGUACGAAACCAAGCGUGGUCUGUCACCUCGUCACGUCCAGCUUAUGACUAUUGGGGGCUCAAUUGGUACGGGUCUUUUUGUUGGAAUUGGCGGAGUUCUUUCUCAGGCUGGGCCAUUGUCGCUGCUUCUGGGUUAUCUCUUUUGGGGAAUUCUGUUCAUCUGGCCAUGCUACCUGUGCAUGGCUGAGCUGAUGGCUUACCUCCCUCUUCGAGGCACUGUCUUUGAACUGGCUUCAAGAUUUGUUGAUCCCGCUUUGGGAUUUGCAAUGGGAUGGACCUACUUCUUCGCCGGGGCCAUGCUUGUCUGUGUCGAAUAUUCUGCUGUCGCAACUGUCAUGCAAUAUUGGAAUACUAGCGUCAACCCUGCUGUGUGGAUUGCCAUGGCCAUGGUUGUGUGCAUUGCUCUCAAUGUUGUGGCGGUGAAGUGGUACGGCGAGUCGGAGUUCAUCAUGGCCUCCCUCAAGGUGCUUCUUCUGAUCGGUCUCGUCCUCAUCACCCUCAUCACUAUGUGCGGCGGAAAUCCCAAGCAUGAUGCCUACGGAUUUACACAUUGGAAACAUGGAAACUAUAUGCAUUCAUAUUACGCGAGCGGCGGAACGGGUCGCUUCUUGGGAUGGUGGUCGGUCGUUAUCUACGCUGGAUUCACCAUUGCUGGCCCCGAUAUGCUCUGUCUCUCGGCCGGCGAGAUCCAAAACCCACGUCACACCAUUCCCCGAGUGGCGAGACUUGUGUUCUAUCGACUGGUUGGCUUCUAUGUCAUCGGUGUCUUCGCAGUCGGCAUCAUCUGCUCUAGCCGUGACGAGCACUUGCUAGGUGCUAUCGAGAACGGAGAGCCCGGCUCAGCUGCCUCACCAUGGGUCAUUGGCAUUACCAACCUGGGUAUUCACGGCUUGCCAGGUUUGAUCAACUUCCUCAUCCUGAUGUCCGGAUGGUCCUGCGGAAAUGCGUACCUUUAUUCUUCUUCUAGAACACUAUACGGUCUAGCUCGAGAUGGCCAAGCACCACGGUUCCUGCUCAAGUGCACCAAGUCCGGUGUUCCGAUCUACUGCGUUUUGACAGUGUCCCUUAUUUGCUGCAUCACCUUCCUAGUUUCGUCAAAUUCCGCCGUCGAGGUUUUCUAUUGGUUCGUCGGGCUGACAACCACCGCCCUCAUCAUGACUUACACCAUGAUGCUGAUGACAUUCUUGGGCUGGUACCGAGCUCGCAAGGCCCAGCCGGAUGUCGCUCCGGACUCAGUGUUGCCAUAUGUGGCACCCUGGUCACCCUGGACUGCUUACUUCGGCACCUUCCUCGGAUGGCUCACCAUGAUCUUCAUCGGUUACGACUACUUCGUUCCGUGGGAUACCCAGGGCUUCAUCACCAGCUAUUUUGCGCUCGCAUUCGGUCCGUUUAUGUACGUGUUCUGGAAAGUCGUCAAGAGAACCAAGUUCGUCGAUCCCCGCUACGCAGACCUCAUCGGCGGAAAAGCGGAGAUCGAUGAAGAAUGCAGGAUCUGGGAGGAGGGUGGUCUGGAGGAGAAUGUAAAGAGGCGUCUGCAGGAGAUGAAUGUGUUCAGGAGAACUUGGGAGAGGAUUUGGUGA